AUGUUAUCUGAAGGAAAUCGAAGUAUCAUACCUUUUAUUCUCUCGGGUUUUUUGGAAUACCCAGCCCUCCAGGUUCCACUCUUCCUGGUUUUCUUGUCUAUCUAUAUGGCCACUGCCGUGGGCAACGUGGGCAUGAUUAUAAUCGUCAAGAUAAAUCUGAAAUUCCAGAUGAUCAUGUGCUUUUUCCUUAGUCACUUGUCCUUUGUAGAUUUCUGUUAUUCCACCAUAGUGACACCUAAAUUGUUGGAGAACUUGAUUGUGGAAGACAGAACCGUAUGUUUCUCCGGUUGCAUUAUGCAGUUCUGCUUUGCUUGCAUAUUUGGAGUAACAGAAGCUUUUAUGUUAGCAGCAAUGGCCUAUGACCGUUGUGUGGCGGUCUGUCACCCCUUGCUCUAUCUUGCUAUUAUGUCUCCAAAGCUCUGUGCUCCGCUGGUGGCUGGGUCAUACUCAUGGGGUAUAGUGUGUUCCCUGACACUCACAUAUUUUCUCCUUGCAUUAUCCUAUUGUGAGUCUAACAUCAUAAAUAAUUUUAUCUGUGACCACUCUGUAAUUGUUUCUGUCUCCUGUUCGGACCCCUAUAUCAGCCAUGCGUGUUUUAUUAUUGCCAUAUUCGAUGAGGUGAGCAGCUUGGUGGUUAUUCUGACGUCCUAUACCCUCAUUUUUGUCACUGUUAUGAGGAUGUCUUCUGCAAGUGGGUGCCGGAAAACCCUCUCCACCUGUGCCUCCCACCUGACAGCCAUCACCAUCUUCCAUGGGACCAUCCUUUUCUUCUACUGUAUCCCUAAUCCUAAAACUUCUUGGCUCAGAGUUAAAGUGGCGUCUGUGUUUUACACAGUGGUGAUUCCCAUGCGGAACCCCUUAAUCUACAGCCUUAGAAACAAAGAUGUGAAGGACACAUUGAGAUUAGUUGUUGAAAAAUUGCUUUGUCCCUCAAUAUAA